AUGGAGCUAUACGACCAUUUCCAACAUCGGUUGCAUAACCCCAACGGCCCCAAACAGGAGGACGGGUCGCCGCUGCCGGGCCCCAGUCCCAGAGGUCAUCCCAGGGUAUCGGAUGCCUCGUACCCCAAAUCUGUUUCCCCCGGUGGGACUCGCAGAUUGCAAUCACUCCAAGAUAUCAACAACAAUAACCGGCGGGUGCCCGAACCCUGGCACCGCCCGCCCACGGUUUCCGCUCCUCCCAGUGACGAUGUGGUCAUUGAUUUGACGACGCUGGACGAAGACAUUCCAAAUCCACCACUUCCUCAAUCGCUGUCUGAACCCCCCACAGAUACUCAAACACCAGUUGCUGUUGUGGAUGACGCCGAAACGGAUAUUUCGGACGAUGACUUGAUGGAAGUCGAUCCCCAAGAGGCGACCAAACUCACGGUUUUCAAACAGAGCAGAGGUUGGCGUCCUCACAACCAACCUGCGCCUGUGCCCCAUUUCAGUCCUGAGAUCCCACAAACCAACCACCACCUCCAGUUGGUUAGAGCCGAGCACGAUACGGCCACCCGGCGGUACAUCAUGGCCCAAGGGCGUUUGCGGCGGUCGGUGCAGCAGUUGAAGGAUAACCAGUCUAUUUACGACAGAGAUCCUAGUGCAGCAGACAAUCCUACGCAGAUGGAAGCUGCGGUGGCGGCGGCACGGGCCGGCUUACUGGAAGUGGCCCAAGCCAAGCGACGUCUCAGCCUAGAAAUCACCGGUCUCGAGGAGAAGCUCCAGUCUUUGGUGAGGCAAACUGGAAAUUACAGUCUACCGGCUGAAGCCUACCAAUUGCCACAGGCGGUUCCUCCAGCCGAAGUGUUGGACAGAGCACCGGACCCAGAAGACGUCAUCACAAUGCAGCAGUACACCGAAAUGAUACACCCGCCAGAGGCCAGUAAUUCGAGUACAGGCUUUCCUACCUAUUACUUGGCCCAGGAAGAUGAAGGGGCCCAUAUCCAGAGCUUAUUGGAAAACAUUCGUCCUGACGAAGAGGAAGAGGAAGGUUUACCGUUGACACCAGACGAGCUCAGAAUCAACUUGUUCAAGCACCAGCGAGUUGGACUUGCGUGGCUCAUGAGAAUGGAAUUAUCCAAGUCCCAAGGGGGCAUUUUGGCCGACGAUAUGGGUCUUGGAAAGACCAUUCAGUCGAUCGCUUUGAUGAUGGCACACAAGUCCAAAGAUCCCAACCACAAAACCACUCUUAUUGUGGCACCGGUAUCUUUGUUAAGACAGUGGGCCAACGAAAUUGAGAUUCACACUAAGGUGGAUGUUUCUGUGGGCGUGUACCACGGGUCGUCCAAGAAUAAACUCUUCAAGACCUUCAAAGACUUUCAACGCUACGAUGUGAUCUUGACGUCUUACUCCACUUUGGCAAUUGAGUUCAAGAGGCACUAUAAAGAGUUGUUCGAAAUGAACCACACUAACAUGACCCAAAAUAUGAUACCUCCUCAUGGAGCAGGAGGCGGGGUGUACGCUUCACCUUUCUACACUUCAGAUGCAGUGUUCUACCGAGUAAUCUUGGACGAGGCCCAGAAUAUCAAAAACAAGCUUACUGUGUCGUCAAAAGCUGUGACGGUAUUGAGUGCCACCUAUAGAUUCUGUUUGACCGGGACACCCAUGCAAAACUCCAUAGACGAGUUGUAUCCUAUCAUUAGAUUCUUGAGAAUUAAGCCAUACGCCAAAGAAACGGUUUUUAAGCACAGAGUGUCCAACCCCCUCAAGAAGAAGGAUAAAGACGAGAUCGAAAGCUCGAUGCGCUCAUUGAGAGCCUUGUUAAGAGCCAUAUUACUUCGGAGAUCCAAGACAUCUAAAAUCGAUGGCAAACCGAUUUUGGAGCUCCCACCUAAGACGGUUGAAGAUAUUGAGGUGAAGAUGGACCCGGUGGAGUUCGAAACCUACGAGUCCAUUGAAAGUCAAUUGAAGACAAGGGCGAAAAGGCUCUUUAUGGAAGACAAGAAUUUCUCCAAUUUCCUUGUAUUGUUAUUACGAUUGCGUCAAGCCAGUUGUCAUACAUUUCUAUGUGAGCUUGGAAGUUCAGGAAAGUUGGAGCAAUAUCGUUACCGAAAUUGGCCCUCUUUGCUCAAAACAGUGGAACAAUUAGACUCACUGAACAAACAGUUCAUUAUUGAUGAGCUUGGAACUAUCGAUAAAGAUGAUGAUUCAAAGAACCAAACACCAAAGCCUGAAUCCAUGGACAACGAGCUUAUCAACUUCAGUCAGUUAUCAUCCCAAACAUCUUCCAUCAAAGAAGAAGGUGGAAGUAAUCAGGGAGUGCUUUUCGCCAACAACGAAGAAAAGCCACUCAUAGACGUAAUAGAUGGCGGUGAAUAUGAAACUAACCAGGGUAUGGUUUACGUCAGUAACGAAGAUAAGCCGUCUAUGGACAUGAUUCUCCAAGAUGAUGGUGAAAACGACAAUGGUGUUUUCACUUGUCCAUUGUGCUUCAUUUCGUACACCUUCCAAUCAGCCAUCAUGUUCCCCUGCAAACACAAAAUAUGCGAGGAUUGCAUUGACAGCUUUAUUGAAGACAACAGACAAGAUGAACAAAAUAAAGUCAAGUGCUCGGAGUGUUCAGUUGCUUUCAAGACUCUGGAGUUUAUUGAUUAUAGAAUGUUCUACAUGAGAUAUAUUGAGCAGAAAUCUCGGUAUGACAUCCAAUGCAUUAUCGAGGACAGUUUCAAAGGCAAAUUGGUUGUUCAAGAAAAGAUCAAGAAGUUGAUCGUCAAGCACCAGGGAUUUACAUAUUCCACCAAGAUGGAAGAGAUCUUACGGGUGGUGACCAGCAUAUUUGAGAACUAUCCUGGAGAGAAGAUUAUAGUGUUUUCCCUGUUCACCACCUUUUUCGAUUUAUUGAAGAUCAUGUUCAGUAAAGCUGGAAUUCCUUUCCUUCGAUACGAUGGUACUAUGUCUAUUGAAAAGAAGGAUUUGACCAUCAAGGAGUUCUACCAGAACCACAGAUACAAGGUUAUGUUAACAUCUUUAAAGGCUGGUAAUGUAGGGUUAACAUUGAACUGUGCCUCCCAUGUCAUCAUAUCUGAUCCGUUCUGGAACCCAUAUGUUGAAGAACAAGCUAUGGAUAGAGCUCAUAGAAUCGGCCAGACAAGAGAUGUCCAUGUGUAUAGAAUCUUGAUCCAAGGGACUGUUGAAGAGAGGAUCAUUGCUCUUCAAAACAAAAAGAAAGAACUCAUCAAUGCUGCAUUGGACGAGAAUGGUAUGAAGUCUGUCAGCAGGUUGAGCAGAAGAGAUUUGGGUUUCUUGUUCGGGUUCAACACUUUAUCUUAAGAAUGUAAUUUUAAUGUACAACUAUAGUAUGAAGCUAAGCUUUGAGCUUUUUGACUUUUGAGACGUUGGCAAGCCAGUCGGCUUCGGAGAUCAAAGUCUCUUUGGAAUUAUAGCAUAAUUCCCAAACAAUAAUGUUUUCAAAGCUCUGAUGAUACUUCGCAAGAGACUUGCACAAGUAUAUGAUUUGCAAAAUAAGCCCAUCUAUUUGAGUGCUGAAAUCCAGUUUCUUAUCAGGGUCAUCAGAUUGCUUGGAUUCAAUAGAAAGCUGAUGUAAGUGUAGUUUUAGCUCGUUAAUUAGGUGGUAUGCAAGGUUUUUCACGAAUUGGUUUAUAAGUAAAUUGUCUUCCUUCUCAUUUGAUUCCAAGUUAAGUGAAUGAUUAAUGAUGGUGUAGAACAUCGACAACGAGUGGUAUACUUCACUUCUGUAAACCUCAAUGAAACGUUUUAAGUAAGAGAACCGGUUGAACUUGAUCAACGGCAUGAGGUUACUGGUCUCGUUGAUGAUAUACUUAUACCGUGAAUUAAAGUAUAAGAGUUUCAAGAACCGGGUUCUUUCCGCCGAGUUGGAGGAGCUGAUGAUAUCAGACUGUCUAAAAUUCAACAAGUCUAGUUUGCUCAAGAUAUUGAAGAUUUUAAUUAGGUUGUUCUGUCUCAAGUUGGUAUUCAACAACUUAAUCAAGUUCUUCACCAUUAACUUCAAUUCCACCUUUAUCUGUUCAUAAAUCUUCGAAAAAAUUGGCAACUUGGGGAAACGGAUUGUGAGGUUCCUUGACAAGAUGGAUAUUUCCAAUGCCUCUUGAUAGUUCCCUUGCAAAAUACAAAUCUUACACAAGGUGGGCAACUCAAGUAAGUCCAAAAUGGAGUCUAUAUUCGACAAAAUAGAGCUGUUUGUCUCCAUUGCUGCCGUCAACUGGUCAUUGGCUGGUACAUGUAACCGCUUAUCGUCAGCCUUCAACCCCUUGAUCAUUGAUUCAACCUGUGUUUUCAUCUCCAGCGUAAUCGACUGGUUUAUAUGUUUCAAGUCCUGGCUCACGCGUAUAAUCAAGUCCCUAUUAUCGUUGGAUAUCUGGGCCAAGCGGCGAUUGGCUACCCGCAGUGAGUCGUCCAACUCGGCAAUUUCUUCUGUUAAUGUCUUGUUGCGGGUGGACUCUGAAGAUGUGGUAAACGUGUCUGUCGAUAGAAGGUCGUCAUUUACGAGCAAGUCAUGAAGAAAAGACUCUGAUACCUCUCGAAGCUCCGGAUUGGCCCCAAGGAACUCGCGAAGAGGUCCCUCGAGAUCCUCCACCAAGGUGUCAAGUAAUAUACUUGUCAUGAGUGUUUGCGACUUGGAAGUUUCGCACG